GUCCAUAAUAAUUCCCCAUACAUGACAUACUCACCAUAAGAGUUGAUUCCACUGGUCAGUGGACUUUAUCGCGGGCUAUAGAUUCUGGCGCAACAAAAUGGCAGAUCUUUGACUGUCUAUUUGCUUGAGAGCAAAGCGAGUGUUCUCUUCUUGAUUGUAUCAUGUGAUACAAAGAAAGCUUGCUAGAUUGAUCUACUGUAUGAGCUUGUGAGUAUUUUCGUAGCUUUUAAGGGUUAAGGGUAGUAACUGCCUAAUAAUUUUUUUGCCACUAUUCGGACGGUAGCCAUUGUAAUGUUACAACAAAUUCGCAUGUAUAAAGCUCAGACUUGCGAUGAUGAUGAAUCGUUGAUCGACAUUCUUUCUAAAGUUUGAAAAAUUGUAUUUUACAAAUGUGUACGUCUAUUUACACGAUGAUCCAUUCCGAACUGUGGAGGUCUUGUAAUAAAAUUUUAGAUCGUGGCCCACCCAACAAGAAAUUGAAUUAGCUCAUAUUGAUAGUAAGGCGCUGAUUCGUAGAACACUUACAGGGUAGCCUAUCUAUUAGAUACGAAAUUCUAUAGGCCUAGAAGUGGAUUAGGUGGAUGCUUUCUGGUCAAAACGCUGAUUAAUUGAAAGUGACAUCAGUAAGAUUGAUUCCAAUGAGUCUUGAAGGAAAAUUAUUACACGAUAAUUCUACCAAGUUUGCAGCAACUUUUUUAUAUCCAUAUACAUUUUGUAACCUUUACUGAUCACAAUUAAUUUGACAGGCACAUUUAUAAAAAUGCCAUCCUGCGAUUUGGAUGUGUGUGACAUUGAGGAUGCUGUGAAAAAAGAUGAUCUUACUCCUAAUGAUCGGAUCACUCCUAGGGGAGCUGUUCUACCAAAGGCAAGAGUAAAAUCCACAAGGAACAACUUAAAUGAAUUGCCUGUGGGAGAUAGUAUUAUACCGGGAACACAGAAAAUUUACAUCAGAACUUGGGGAUGCUCCCACAAUAACAGUGAUGGAGAAUACAUGGCUGGGCAGCUUGCAGCAUAUGGAUAUAAAAUAACAGGUACUGUAAUAAUUCUUUCACCAGCUACCACAGUACAUGGUUAUGUACAUGUAUAAGGUUGAUUGAAAGUUGUGAAAAAGAGAAAGGUUAAAUGGUAACAGAAAUAGAGAUCUUGUAGACUAUGAUCUUCUGACUGAGUAAAUGUCUGAGUAGGUCUGGGUAAAGGUCUGUAGAAGAUAGUUGUUGCUGACAUUGAAUCAGUGCAUGCAGCAUUUAUGAAAUUGAUAUACUGUACUUUGGUUGUACAUUAUUGCUGAUUAAAUGUUCUGAAAAUUCAAUGAAAUAUUGGUAUAGAAUAUUUGGGCUUAGAACUUUAAAGUACUCUGAACCAUCAAGUGAAUCUCAGCUGAAACAAUUUCCUUGCCUUGUUACAUGUAGUUAUAAUAGUUUUUUGUUGUUGUUGUUGUUUCUUAGAUGAUUCUGAAGCAGCUGAUCUGUGGCUACUGAACAGUUGCACAGUGAAAAACCCUUCAGAGGAUAACUUUCGGAAUGCCAUCAAGAGGGCUCAAGAGCUAGACAAACAUUUGGUUGUAGCAGGCUGUGUACCACAAGGCCAGCCCAAACACCAGUCAAUUAAAGGAAUUAGUGUGAUUGGGGUAAGUUCACUGAAAUUAUAUACAAGCUAACUGUCUUAGUCUAUCUGAUAGUCUCUUACAGAGAAUAUAUAAAUUGUCUCCCAAAAUUUACUGGAUAUUGGAUAAUUUUCACGACAAAAGACAGGCAAUCGAGUGAAUUUUGUUGAAAGGAAAAAUAUUUUGUUUUUAUUCAAUGAUAUGAAGUAGUUUCUUUCUUUUUUUUUAAGUUUCUGAUUCUCAAGUUUUGAGUAACUUUGGUGACUUUUAGCUUGUGGAGAGAGCCUGGGAUAAAAAGAACAAUUAAGAAUGUUUUUUUCACGUGAUGAAUUAAUUCCCUGCAGAGAGAAAAAAACCUUCAAUGUAUAGUGAAUGUAAACUUGUUGACAAAUUUUAAGACAACUUGACUUGCAAUGCCAGUAUUAUUUUAUCUUAAAUUAAUAUUUCAUUUAGCCCCUCUUAAGGAAAUUGACAUCAACAUCUGUAUUUUUCUUUCUAUGGUGGAAAAAACUGUGACAGUGACCUUUUUGCUCUAAUUUUGAUCAAUAUUUUUAGGUUCAACAAAUUGACAGGGUGGUGGAGGUGGUAGAAGAAACGUUAAAAGGUGAAGCAAGCUUCUUAGCUUCAUAUGUUUGAUUGUGACUUAUAUUCUUAAUUUGUAUGGUAUAAUGAUUGUGCACAUUGAACAUUGUGAAAAUACAUGAAACUACUUGUAAAUCAGGCAGACAUUCUGAUUCCAACCAUCAACUUUUUCUUCAAUUUCAAUGCUUUGUAGGUCAUACAGUUCGACUUCUUGGUCAGAAGAAAGUUGGUGGAAAGAAAACUGGGGGAGCUCCUCUGGAUCUCCCAAAAAUCCGAAAAAAUCCUUUGAUAGAAAUUAUAGCCAUCAACACUGGGUGAGUAAAAUGAUACAUACAUGAAAGAAGAGCCCUACUGACCCUUAAACUCUCAAGAUUUGGUUUUUAAUUCUCCUUUCUAGCUGCUACACAUUUCCUUUUAAAUUUUAUAGUGUAUGUAGUUACAAGAAUUUUGAAUCAGAUCAAGAUAACAACUUAUACCAGAUGAGUUUGAGUAUUCUCAUGGCUUGUUUGCCAGAUGAUGUAUGAAGUUACAUGUUGCUCAUUUCUGGGAGUUAAAGCAUUAGUCCUUUUAUUUUAUCUUAAUGCUACAAGGCAUCCCAUAAAGUUUGGUGUGGGUGAAUGAUUAACUUCUCUCAGACAUUCUGCAUUUUUUUAUGAUUAAUCAGAAGUGUUAUCACAGAUGAAGCAAUUGCCAGUUUUCAGAAAAGUCAUAUGGUGUUCUGAUUCAAAAGAAGGCACUAGUUUUAAGAGGGCUCUUAAUUUGAUGCAUUUACGUGUACAAGAAGCACAGCCAUAUACACCCUGUACAUACUCAGUUGAUAUUGAUUUUGAUAAUGAUAUGAUAAUAAUAUUGAUACAUUUCCUUCAUUAAAGGUGCUUGAACCAGUGCACUUACUGCAAAACUAAGCAUGCACGAGGUGAUCUGGGCAGUUAUCCUCCUGAAGAGAUUGUUGAAAGGGCCAAGCAAGCCUUUGAAGGUGAAAGAAAGUCUGCCAUAUCAUUUUUGUACAUAGUGUUCUAUAUCAUAAUUGUACAUACCUACAUAUAAAAUCAAAAAUACUUGGUUUGUAAGUCUUGCAUAGGACAGUCUGAAAUACACAAAAAGAGUUUGCUUUAACGUGAGUUUAGAAUUUUCAUUCAAUUUCUGAAUAUUAAAUUUGCGUUGCAAAUCACCUCAAAUUUGCUUCCUUCAGAGGGAGUUGUAGAACUUUGGUUGACCAGUGAAGACACAGGAGCUUAUGGCAAAGAUAUUGGAGUGACAUUACCUGAGUUGCUAUGGCAACUUGUAGAGGUAAUUCCAGAAGGGGCUAUGUUGAGGAUUGGAAUGACAAAUCCACCCUAUAUUCUGGAACACUUGGAGGUAAAUGCAGUAUGACUUGUUAGUCUAGGUGCAUGUAGCCAACAUGAAGGUGGUCAGCCAACCUUCCCCACCCACCCCUUCAAGCAAUUUCUUCAGGUUACUGGGUCUGUAUAAUCCAGACUGGACAGGGACAGUUUCAAGGUAAACUUUUUUACUCAGAACUAAAUACUAAUUACAGUUACCCAUCCAAAGCUGAAACACAAGUGUGUUUCCUGAGUUCAGGAAACAGAACCACUACACCAUGUUACAGUUUGUACAGUUGAGAAAAAAUGCAUGUACCAUUGUUUGUGUCAUUUUUUGCAGUUGAGAAAAUCAUACUGUUGUUGGUGACAUUCAUAAGCUCAUGCAUGUGUAUGCAGUUUUUUGUCACUCCUUAUGUCCAGUGAUUGAUGACACAGUUUAACAAUAUUUUUUCUCCUUCUUCUCAGGAAAUGGCAAAGAUAUUGAACCAUCCCCGUGUUUACAGUUUUCUGCAUGUUCCUGUCCAGAGUGCAUCAGACAAUGUUCUCAGUGACAUGAAGAGAGAGUAUUGUGCUGAUGAUUUUCGUCAUGUUGUCGAUUUCUUAAGAGAAAAGUAAGUCCACAUUAUGAAUAUAAUUAAGAAACCCUGUUUCUAUAGGCAAACCUUUUUUGUAAAGUAAGAGUUACACAUGCAUGCAUUCUCUGACAAGUUUUUAUUUGGCCAUUCAUCUGCAGUCUAGUCUGUGUGGGAGAUAUGCUAGGAUUUCCUCUUAAACUGCAGUAGUUCUUUAGUAUUAUUUUGAAAAGGAUCUAUUAAUUUUCUCUAGGAUAACUUUUUAAAUUAUAAGGCACACUCUGGUUAGGUUUGUGAUGAGGAUUUACUAGUUCCCUUGUGCCCUAAAUUUAAGAAGUCUUUACACAUUUGGUUCCAGUGAUUAAGAAAAAUUGCCAUGGAAUUCCUUUUUUGUCAUCUAGAUGAGAUGAUACAUCCUAGGGGUUUCCUUAUAUAUGCAUUGGUUAAUGAUAUAGAAAGAUAAAAAGAGUGGGCAAAGCAUCACUUUGUUUUGAGCAAAGUAUCACCAUCAUACCAUAUGUAUCAAGUUUUUAAGGGAACCUUUAUCUAUCUCAAGAGUGCUGUAAAAGGGUGAAGGAAUUUUACACCAAGUCUGAUUUUUUUUAAAAAAAAGAAAGAUCCAAUUGAUCAAAUGAUUGCUACCAAUAAUGGAGAAACAGUUUAUGUGGCAUACAACUGAAUUUAAACUGAAUGUAAGUGACAAUUUUGUAGGACAACAUUUCUGUCAUGAGAUUACCAAGGAAACUGGUCUAGGAAAAUGAAGAGAGAUCGCAAAUUCUACAAAAUCCCUUCUCAAGCUUCGCAUUGAAGCUAUUGAAAAUGACCAAAAACAUGAUUUUGCUGGAAUAACAAAGAAAGAAAUGUUGUCGUUGAAUAAUUUUUUUUUCAUAAUUUUGAAACCAACUUCUUAAUCAUAAGUCAAGGGAAAUUUCAAAAACGAAAAUCUGGAUUUUUUUAUGUUGUUAGCUCAAAAGAGUGUGAGCUCAGAGUUAAAGCUUUUGAAUCCAAUCUUCAGGGUACCAGGGGUAACCAUAGCAACAGACGUGAUCUGUGGCUUUCCUACAGAGACUUGGGAGGACUUUCAGGAGACUGUGGCUCUAGUUGAUCAAUACAAGUUCCCCAGUCUGUUUAUUAAUCAGUUUUAUCCUCGCCCUGGGACACCUGCUGCAAGGAUGAAAAGACUACCUACAGAAGAGGUACAGUGCAAUGACUUCUGCUCCCAGCAGCGGCCAGGGAUUUUCUUUCAUGCUAAUUUGGUAUUGAAUUUUAAAAUGUACAGGUUAAGAAGAGAACAAGAGAAAUAUCCAAAGUCUUCCACAGCUACCAUCCGUAUGAUCACAAGGUUGGCAUGUCUUAAGCGUUGACCCUUUUGCUGCUUCUUUUUUUUUUGUUUGUUUGUUUCGUUAUCUUGUUUAUGUUUGUUUGUUUGUUUUUUUUUGGUUUGUUUUAUGUGGUAUAGUAAAGAGCCUGAUGCAGUGGUUUUUAUUGUAUUCUUUUGUUUUUGUUAAGGUGGGUGAGCAUCAAACAGUCCUGAUAACAGAAGACGCAAAGGAUCAAGCUCACUUUGUCGGUCACAACAAAUAUUAUGAUCAGGUAAGUGUUACUCAUUACCUAGUCUCUCGGGUUGGCCAACUAAGUUACUGGUCAAACGGGUCUUUUCCUUACCUCAAAGACUUUCCUCCUAGCGUGUAUUGUAAACGUUAGCCCUUGAUGCCUUUGAUGUCAUCACCUUUCCUUGCAUGUGAUGUUUGCUGCUUAUGGCUUGUAACUCUUCAAUCCUUUGUCAAUUGUGUCGUGGUAACUCUUCAUCGUUGCUACUCGUGUCAUCUUCGGCUCUCUUAGGUUGUCGAUUUUUUGUUACUGGUGGUUUUCUGAGAGGCUGAACUUUUCAGAUGCCCUUAAAGUGUAUUGUCGAUUAAUCACACUGUUUCGCUUUUUUUUCCUGAAAACUGAAACUUAACCACUUCUUGCUCUUAUUUUAGGUACUUAUUCACAAAAGUGAGGGUGAUCUCAUGGGUAAAAUGGUACAAGUAGAAAUCACAUCUGCAGGAGAGCACUUUCAAAUGGCACGUGUCCUACGCCAUACCGAAGUUCAUUCACCUGGUCUGGUCGAGCCGUUACCAAAAGGUGCUGUCAGCGGUGUUCGCACUACGCUCACGCCCGAAAGAGUCGUUCAAGGUCAAGCAAGUCGUUGGCAGCAAUGGCAAAGAGCUGCAGUGGUUGUACUUCUUGCAGUUGUUGUAGCGGAUGUUUUGAGAAUUUUGUAUUUAUGGACCAGUCAGUGAAAUUGUGAUGAAAUAGACAAUUUAAAAGAAAAAUGGGGAAAAAAUUCAAAACAAAAAAGUCACAACCUUUUUUCCAAGGUUCACUAUUUAUAUCGACAAAAUAGCCGUUGCCUACUCAAAAAUGAUGAAAAGGAUCACUAAAUGUAGAUUAUUUCUGCCUUUGCGAAUCACCGAGGCGGUUGAUGCAUGUGGUUGGAAAAAAGCUAAUAAGUUAAUUCCUUGAUCAAUUGCGUAUACGAGUAGAAAACUUGUCCUCAGGAAAUUAUUCUGAUUUACCAACUUCCUAACUCUGAUGUUGGACAAUAAAAAAAACAGUGAGUAAAAG